UCCUUCCACAACACAAACCUUUGAAAGUACCUAUCCGGCUCACUACUUACCAUCAUGAGAUUCUUUACUCUGGCUCUUGCACUCGUUGCCAUGCCGCUUGCCAUGGCCGAGCCCAUCCCGGCCGACGCCGGUUGGGAUACCGAACCGGCGCUUCUAGCCCGCAAUGUUCUCCUGCAUCCAAGGGAUAAUCUCCCGUCAUGCUGCUCGGUUGGAUUCAAGCAGAGUUGCGACUGCGGUAGCUGUCCGAUUCUAACGUGCGCGAAUGGUGGGAAGGGUUGCAAGUGUUGAAGAAACUGGGAGUCUCAGUGCACUCAACGCAGUGAGAGCCAAAGGAACCGAUGGUUGAAAAGGGGGGUGGGUGGGGGCGUUGCGAGAGGGGGAGGUUUUCAACCAAGCUGGGCAUGAAAAAGACCUUUUGGGGCUUUCGUUUAAGUUUGAUCUAAAAACAAAACACAAAACGUUCGCUUGAAAACAGCUGCAACCGUUGCAAUAUGCGAAAGCUGCUUUUAUCCCUCACACGGCGACCAUCUCUUGUAUUUGUUUGACGAGGAACACAGCCCACAUCUAGCUCUUGCUUUCAAAACUCCGGCAAUCUCCAAGAGUAAAAGUUGCUAAGAAUUGCUUU